UCUCUCUCUCUCUCAGAAGUCUUUUUAGAGAAAGACCAGCUAAGCUUUUCUCCGUCGCCUCCAUUUUUCUAGGGUUUCUCCGGAACGCUGCAAAUCCCAAAAUAGGGCUUGUUUGGAGGAAAUUUCAGAUUUCCACUCAGAUUCACCAUGGAAUCCGAUCCCUGGACUGCUCUUUUCUCAUCCAAACGCCACCAAUCGACUCUCCAAUCGCGAUCUGAUCUAUACUUCGGGUUUGAAGAAAUCGAUGGAGACGAUGAUUCCAGGGCCGAAUUCCCCUGCCCGUUCUGUUCGGAGGAUUUUGAUAUCGUUGGGCUGUGCUGCCACAUCGAUGAUGAGCAUCCGGUGGAGGCGAAGAACGGGGUAUGCCCUGUAUGUGCGGCAAAGGUGGGGAUGGACAUGGUUGGACACAUAACCAUGCAGCAUGGACAGUUCUUCAAGAUGCAGCGUAGGAGGAGAUACCGGAAAGGUUCAACAGGGUCCCAUUCUACCCUUUCUUUACUGAGAAAGGAGCUGCGGGAAGGGCACCUCCAAUCUCUUCUCGGGGGGUCUUCAUGUGUAGUUUCUUCCUCCAAUGCAGCACCUGAUCCACUGUUGUCAUCAUUUAUUUACCCUGUGGCUGAUGCUUCAAAAAAUGUACAGCCUCAUUCUUCGGAUGAAGGGAGCUCAGUAAAGAAUGAUAAAGUGGUAGAAAGCGUCGAGCCAUCCCUGUCGGAUAAGGACCUGAAAGAGAAGGCUCAAAAGUGCGAGUUUAUUCAAGAGCUUUUGCUGUCUACAUUUCUGGACGAUGCCUUAUGAAGGAAGCUCAAGGGGUCAGCUACAAUGACCGUGGAAGCUUGUAAGCCAGUGGGCCCCAGCUUGCGUUAGUCCGGAGAGUCUGCUUUUCUCUUCCAACAAGGUUCAUAAACAGGCUCAUGUAAUGGCUAGCUAUGCUGAUAGUGUUAGUAUCGAGAGAGAUAAGAGCUAUAAAUGUAUCCUGUAUUUAUAUGGAAUUAGUUAGGCUGGAACUGAAACUCCAAUAUUCCUUUCUUUAA